GUGGACAUCAUGCGGCCUACGGUCGCUGCCGUUCUCCAAGAGAACGACCAGGUGAUGAAGUCUCUGGAUCCACGAAAGGAUGUCGUGGUCUCUUUCAUGGAGCUCUGCCGAACGCAUGUGCCACAGCCCAUCGUCGUGCGGGUAUUUCAUACCCUGUCGGGUCAGGCCCAUCAGCUAACCGAGACGGUGAUGAAGUCUCCUGCCGAGUUCUGGAGG